AUGGAUAACCCGCCAAAGCCUGUCGACCACGCGCAGUACAUCGACAAUGCCAUUCGCGCCGUCAAGCAGAAGAAACCCCUCCCUGAGAUCGACUUUACGCUGCACACCAUGGAAGAUGGCUCGCAAGUAAGCACUAUGGAAAGGGUCUGUAAAGACGUGCAGGCGCCCGCAUUCCAUCCCCCUACACAGGAUCAGUUCCUCUCCCCGCAAGAUCGCAACAAGCCGAAUCUGCCGUUCCUGAAGCAGCACUUCUACCGCGAGGGGAGACUAACCGAGGACCAAGCAUUGUGGAUUAUACGCAAAGGCACCGAAAUUCUGAAGAAUGAGCCGAACAUGCUGGAGAUGGAUGCUCCAAUCACUGUUUGUGGUGACGUCCAUGGACAGUACUAUGAUCUCAUGAAGCUGUUCGAAGUUGGAGGCGACCCCGCCGACACCAGGUACCUUUUCCUUGGAGACUACGUCGACCGAGGGUACUUCAGUAUAGAGUGCGUCCUGUACCUCUGGUCCCUGAAGAUCUGGUACCCCAAUACCCUCUGGCUUCUCCGCGGAAACCACGAGUGCCGGCAUUUGACUGACUACUUCACCUUCAAGCUCGAGUGCAAGCACAAAUACUCCGAGGCUGUGUAUGAAGCUUGUAUGGAGUCUUUCUGCGCUUUGCCGCUGGCGGCUAUCAUGAACAAACAAUUCUUGUGUAUACACGGAGGGCUGAGCCCAGAACUUCACACCCUGGAGGACUUGAAGAGCAUUGACCGAUUCAGAGAGCCACCUACCCACGGCUUGAUGUGCGACAUUCUUUGGGCUGACCCGCUGGAAGAGUUCGGCCAGGAGAAGACGAACGAUUUCUUCAUUCACAAUCAUGUUCGAGGAUGUUCCUACUUCUUUUCUUAUCCCGCGGCAUGCGCCUUCUUAGAGAAGAACAACCUGUUGUCAGUUAUUCGGGCCCACGAGGCCCAGGACGCCGGGUACCGCAUGUACCGAAAGACUCGAACGACCGGUUUCCCCAGUGUCAUGACCAUCUUCAGCGCCCCGAACUACUUGGAUGUAUACAACAACAAGGCUGCUGUUUUGAAGUACGAGAACAACGUUAUGAACAUCAGGCAAUUCAAUUGCACGCCACAUCCUUACUGGCUCCCUAACUUCAUGGAUGUCUUCACCUGGUCACUUCCUUUCGUUGGAGAGAAGAUCACUGAUAUGCUCAUUGCCAUCCUCAAUACCUGCUCCAAGGAAGAGCUUGAGGAAGAGACCGCAAGCGGCACAAUCUCCGGCCCUGCAUCGCCACCUCUUCCGGUGAACAUGGACCCUGAAUCAACCGAGUUUAAACGACGCGCUAUCAAGAACAAAAUUCUUGCUAUCGGUCGUCUUUCUCGAGUAUUCCAGGUCCUACGUGAAGAGUCUGAGCGUGUUACUGAGCUGAAGACAGCAUCCGGCGGCCGCCUCCCUGCAGGUACUCUCAUGCUCGGAGCCGAGGGAAUCAAACAGGCGAUCCACAGCUUCGAGGACGCUCGGAAAGUUGAUCUCCAAAACGAACGACUUCCACCCAGCCACGAAGAGGUUCGCAAGUCGCACGAGGACAACCGAACUCAGGCACUUGAGAAGGCGAGCAAGGAAGCUGAAAAUGACACUGGACUCGCGACCGUCGCUAGGAGAAUCAGCAUGUAG